GCGACAUCUGAAUUUUUAGCGACACAAUGAAUCGUUGUACACGUCGACGACGACACUAGCGGUUUUUUGAAACAAGUGAGUCUGUCUUUUCAGCAUGUAAUUUUAAUCACCUUGUUGUUGUUCGAGGCCAGGCCCCUCUUGAAGCUGGUGCAUUGAGCAAGGUAAGCAGGGUAAAGUUGACAGCAAUUAUCCAGCCGAAUAAUUCGGCUAGGGCUACCACAAGAUGUCUUCUUGGCUUGCGUUCUGCAGCCGACGAGCGCCAACCCGAUGGAGGAUAUUUUCCGCUUUUUCAGUGGCCCUCACACUCCAGCUCGCCAGCGCGCUCUUUCUGGACGAAAUUGGCCGAUGGGAUUGGGCCAGACACAAUAUCGGGGGUCCCUUUAAGUUUUUGCACACAAAAAAAGCUGUCCUCACCGUCUCGCGGCCCAACGUGAUAGCGCUGGUGUCAUGGAGCACGGGCAAGCUCGGAUGGCGCAAGGUGUUGGAAAACAGAACCAUUCUGGAUGCUACCCUAGAUGACGACAAGGCAAAGGCCUUUAUCCUUGCGACUGAGCCCACCGCGGCCGCAGAAGGUAAGUGUAAAGGAAUAAUCUGAAGCAAAAAGUCUUUGCGCCGAGCGAGUAAUGGCAUGGAUGCUCCGCGACCGCGUUCCCUGGAAGAGAAAGAGUCAGAUCGUCGCUUAUGCGAAUCCAGCACGAUUGUAUUAAUACAGCUUUUGUUUACACUUCUCAGGUGUUUUGACCGUAAGCUGCUUCGAGGCCACCGCAAGUGGAGAGCUUGUCUGGGAAAAGCGCAUUUCUAGUGACGGCGCCACGGGCAAACUCGCGGUCGUUGACGGCAACCAGGUGGUGGUCGCGCAUUCAGCGCAAAGCGGCGCCAGUGCCCUUUCCGCUUUGAGUGCUUCCAAGGGCGAGCCCCUUUGGACCGAGACUGUAGCGGCACUAUCAGGAAAGUUCGAAAUCACCGAGACACUGUCCGUCAUCGACACAAAAGGGCUACUCAUACGCAGCACUGCGCAGUCUCCGGAAAAGAAGUAUCAGACGUUUUUUGCGUGCUGCUGCUGCUGACCCUUCGCUAUCUCUACUUUGGUUUUCCACUUGUGAUACUCACUCAAGAACAAGAACAUGGAGGGUUUUGCGACGAAAAGGCUGGGCAAUUUGAAAAAAAAAACUCCCUCAGGCCUUCCUUUCGCGAAGUCAAUGUGGGCAGUGCAAAGGAGAGCGUGGUGCGACUGGCAGAUUACUCCUUGUUGCUCGAUUCUUCUUCCGUCUCCGCUUACAGCAGCAUCACGGGGGAGGCUGUUGCGCUUUCCGGUGAUCAAAAGACCCUGGCGGGCAAAGCUCUCGUUCCUCUUCCGGACACGAACUGCUUCAUCGCGUCCACGAAGGCGGCAGAUAAAAACCGGCAGUCCAGCCUGGCAUGUCUUACCGGUGAAAACAAGGUUGUCACACUGCAUACCGCAAAGGGAAGCACCCUUGUCCCCGUCCAGCGGGCACCGUCGAGCGAAACCGAUGAAAGGAAAACCAUGAUCGCAGAGCAGUCACCGGAUAACAGAGGUAUAGGACUGACGCCCGUAGACUGCGUUGUAUUUGUAUCGAAAUCGGAAUCUACGUCCAGUUCCAACACUUGAGAAUAACAUCAUGAGGCAGGAUCACUUCUCUCGAACCUUCAAUUAUGAUUUCCACAUUUUUCCACUGCACCACCAGGUCUGCUCGCCAUCCAAUCUUGGGACGUGCUCGCGCAGAAGAAAACAGAUUCCUACGGCGUCGCAAUCGCGCUCGACGCUCCUCCUUCCUACCUCGCGGAAAAGUCCGGCAAGUUGCUCGUAUACGCCGAGCAGGGCCACCAGCUUCGCGUGGUCGAGAAAGACGGGAAGGAUGUGUGGACACGAGAGGAGGGGCUGGGGAGCUUGGUCGACGCCAGGUUUUGGAACGUCGGAAUUGGCUCGGACGCCCUGAUUUCGACAGCAAACAAAAAAAGCAGCAGUCCGAAACAGGCGACGACCGCCCCGAAGUUCAGCCCAGAAGCCAUUGCAGAGAUCCUGACGCAGAAACUGACGGCCUUUGCCCAGACGCUGGAGAACAUCUCGCAGGUAAUCAUCGGCAUUCUCGUCCCGCCGCUCGCGAUGAAGCAGGCCAAGGAGGCCGCUGCCGCGCAGCCGCAGCUACCGAAGCUGAAAUUCGACCCCACGAUCGUGAUGGGCGCCACGGUGACCGUACCAAAGUCGGCGGAAACGCUGCGGACCUAUGACGGCAACCAGCUGAUCUUUGGGCUCUCCGCAGAGGCGCGCAAGGUGUACGCCAUAGACGCACCGACGGGCGCGCUGGUAUGUGAUGUGUUUUAUCGCUUCGUCGAAAUGGCAGUGAUGAUUGAAUUUUCUUCCGUUCAAUGACAAAUGUUUUUGCUGCAUUCUUGCCAUUGCUAGCACUCACAGCCACAAGAGCUUGAGGGUUCGUGCACUCCUCGAAAUAGUUCUUCAAUGUCGUGACUAUGAAUGAAACUUCUAGGUCUGGUCUCGUUACCUCACUGCUGAUGAAAGCACAGCCCCCGCGUCGACGGGUCGUUUGGCGAUGCUGCCCUCCGCCGAUCCUGACAGCACCGAGAAGCUUGUUGCGGAGCUCGGUGGAGUGCUGUUCCUCCUCGCACCACGGACGGGAAAAGUGACGAAAAAAGUGCAGCUGCCCGGCGUGCCGGAAAAACUGACGCAGAUCACCGACACUGGAGUGAUGUACACCUCCACCGCAGCCACGAAGGCCGUGUUCACCCAGCUAGACACUAAGGCGGCCGAGCCACAGGUAGUGAUUUGCUCCGUGCUGAAUGAUGUGCGUGCAAACAUGAUGCUCGAUAGUAUUUAUUCAUUGACUCUAAAGCAACGUAAACGCAUCACUGUCUACUUCUGUCCUUACACCCAAAGUUUCAUCUUUUCUAUAUAAUCAGGCUCUCCCCACGGGUCUGUACGGGUACGAUAUGGUGGAGAACAAGAUGAGCGGCUACGCACUGCAAUCCGACUCUCUGGAGAAGCAGGAGACGUGGAAUUUGGAUUUUGGCGACCUGAGUGAAACCGUGCUUGGGCACCAGGAGAGCCUGCUGAAAUCGAACCAGCACGUCGUCCCGGUCCACGUCAGGGGGGACGCAAGCGUAAUGUUUCGCUUCUUGGAUCCAAAUAUGGUGACGGUGGUAACCGAGAAAAACGACGGCAGCGGGUUGACGCUGUACCUUCUGAAUGCCGUCAGCGGACAAAUUUUACAUCAGGGCAGAAUUCCAAGCGGAACGGGCCCGAUAAAUUUCCUCACUGCGGAAAACUGGGCACUGUUGCAUUACUGGAGCCAAGCGAAUUCUAGGUGAGCGGGAUGUUGAAUGUUUCUGCUAUCGGCGCGACAUACUUUUUAAAAUUUAUGCGCAGUGCUGUAGUUGCAUCAUGUUCAUGUUCAGGACAGGGAGUUGUGGCUGCUUUUUUUUCAGCAAAUAGGCUGUUCUUUACGAUCACGACGAUCCUGACACAACAAACAUCAAUCGACAGGUACGAGAUCUACGUGGUGGACCUAUACGAGAACCAGGAGGACCAAGGGGCUUGGAAACUGUUGUUCGGCGCGGAACCGCCCCCGCGCAGCGCUUUCCACCUCGAUACACCCGUGGCGAUCCACCAAACUUUCAUUUUUCCGCACCGCGUGCAGGGGCUCGGGAUCACCACCACAGCCAAGGGAAUCACACAGAAAGCGGUGCUGUUCAGUCUGGCGAACUCGGAGCAAGUCGUCAAGCUGAACAAGGACCAGUGGCUUAACCCAAGAAGGCCACUGAAACUACCCGAUGGUGAGGGAGAUGUUUUAUACUGUCUUUAGCUCGUGGUCGUGCGUGAUCAUUUGGAGAUCUUGCCAAAAAUCCUAGCAGAUGCACAUGAGCUCACUCCUUCCCUUUUUCACUUUUGUGCUCUUCGUGGUCUACUUCUGUCUGAAUUUAAACAUGAAAUCCUCGAAUCGUCGCACACCAAUCCACAGGCACCGAGGACAAAGCACGCACCCAGAGCCUCCCGAAGAACCUGCAAGUGACGAAGGACGACGUGAUGAUCCCCUACAUGCCGCUCCUCGUGGUGCAGCCGACCGACGUGCUUUCUUACUACGUUCCCGUGCGAACGACGAAAUUCGCCUCCUCCCCCACCUCCCUCGAAUCCACUAGCUUUUCCUUCGCCUACGGCCUCGAUCUGUUCUUCGCCCCGGUAAGACCAAGCAACGCCUACGACAUACUCGGAGAGGCUUUCGACUUCACGGUUUUGUACACGUCCGGAGGCAUAACUUUCGUGGCGUGGGUCGUCACCCAGAGGCUUGUCAGGUACAAAACUCUGAAAGACAGGUGGAAGUGAAUCAUGCCUCCAGCCACUCUCAUCUCUAUAUGUAGUUGGCGGAGAUUGUGGUAGCAGCCGUUCCUCCCAUUGCGCAUUGCUGCGUGCCUGAAGCAACCCCAGGAAGUCCUCGUGAAGACCGAUGAAAAAAUCAUAAAAGCGAACCCCAACAAGAAGUACAAAAAGAAGCGAUAGAUGAUACCAAGAGAAUGCGACGCAUUCGUGAAUAAGUACAUCAUAUUCACAAGAAGACAAGCACAU